AAUUUCAAUCAGAGCUUGCAACUAUUUAUCCUCUGAAUCAUGUUUUUAAUGAAAGAGAAAUUCAAGCAUGGAGAGCAAUACUCAAAGCUGCAGGUUGUACAAACAUCACUCCAUUUAAUAAUAAAGAAUCAAAGUAUGAAUUUUGGACCAGAGAUCCAAAUCCUUCAUCUGAUAUAGAAACAUUUCUUAUGCUAUACAAUAAAGGAUUUUUAAAUGUUCCUGAAAUUAAUAUUAAUCAAAACAAUUCAACUUGCAAAUUUGAAUCAUGUGUUACUUCUAAACAUCUAGCUACUUGUAUUAUUGAUUCAAUUAAUGCAAAUAAAAAAGGAGUAGAUGGGAAGAGAAGGAUUUUAUCAAUAGUAGCAGAUAAAUUUAGUCAUGAAGAAUUGAAUGCAUUGGAGAUAAAAGUUGCAUUAAAUACAUUGAAUGAAGCUCGGAAAUUUGCACGAUUAAAUGGACCAGGCUGUCCAAUCAUUGAAAAACCUCAAAUACAUAGAAAUAGAUAUUCAGAAGAAUCAAAAAAACAAUUUGAAAUGUUUUUUUCUGAUAAGUCAAUU